GUCGUUCAUGAUGCGUAUGCAAUUUUCGAGUAAGUUUUGACUAUCGUAAGCGAAACCGCCACGCAACCCCGCGCAGCCAUGGAAAACUCGGCGUACGUCCCGAGCUCCGGACACCUCAACUCCCCAGCCCUCGUCGUGUUUUCGCAAGCAGCCGGUGGCCUGCAAGAUGCCCUUCGAAUACAACGUCCGUUCAAUCCGCAGUUCGCUAUGUCGGAGGCGUCCAAGGAGCUGCACCGGCCCUUCACUUCCAGCUUCGGGCUGCGGCACAUGGAGGCCUACAGCGGGCUGCCGGCGCACAUCCUCAAUCACCUGCAGCCGCAGUUCCUGCACCCGGGGCUGUCGCUCGGCUCGGGGGCCUUCCGGCCCCUCGCCGACCUCAAGGCCUUUCCGUCGCCGUCGGCUUUCGCGCCCCCCAAGUGUUUGAAAAUCGAGACGAACAGUGACGCGGUCCACCACGGCCACGGUAUUUUUUCGCCGUCGGAAGAGCGGUUUCUGGGGCCGAGCCCCCGAACUGACUCGUGUUCGCCCGCGAGCGCGUCGAUGUCGCCGCAGCCCCAGACCACGGUGAAGGAGGAGAGUCUGGACGCCCACAUGUCGGAGGACGGGGAUGGGACCCAUGGCCCGGCGACCGACAACGACUCGCCCGGAAUUCAUGACGACAGCAGAGGAUUUCGGAUAGGACCGUUGUUUGGGGGUGGAUUCAGCGGGAGCAGCGCUUACACGUUCUCGGUGCCGGGUCUGCCUCCCGCCGCCCACGCUCUAGCGAAGACCAGCUUCCUCUUCGACCACGGAUCUCCACAUCUUUUUCUCGUGCCGUCGCGACACCCUGUGCUGGGCGGACCGCAAGAGGGAAAUAGAAGAUCGCAAAAAAAGGAUAUAGCGCUCAAUAAGAAAAAAAGGGACCCGUCAUGCUGUCCAAUUUGUGGUAUGACCAUUUCGCCGGGAGACCUAGAAGCUCAUUUAGGACAAGAACUGGAAGUACUAUGUAAAAUUAGUGGAACAGGAUUGGCGGCAACGAGGAAGCGAAGGCAAGAACCUGGACGUCCACCUGCACUUCCGGGAGACAGCGGUCCUGAAGGACGCUGGGAGACUUUUCAGAGGAUAAAAUCGAAUCGUCAAGGCCGCCUCCGAAUGAAAACUCGAAAAAGGAAAAUAGACGACGGAUGUAUGAUUUGUGUAGGUCGUUUACACCGAACUCCGGAAGAAAUGAACCUGCACGUCGAGCAAUGCAGAAAGAAUUCCGUGAACGACGAAGACGAAACUGUGGACGUGGAGGGCGAUUCCGAGCUCGAAGAGUGGGCUGAUCAUCAGCGACGAACUUCGACGUCCGCGUCAAACGCCGGUAACGGUAACAGCAUUGGUAGCAGCACGGGAAGGAUCACUUCCGACGCUGAUAACGAAGGAGAUGACGUCAUCGUUGACGGAGACGAACCCGAAGAGUCGUCGUUUGGACCCUCGCAGUACACCGAAAGUGACGUUGUGAUUAAAAACUCGCAAGAAAAGAAUAAAAAGGAAGGGGUGCAGUCGCAAGUUGCUACUGUGAAUUCAAGUGGGGAUGUUGAGGUUACAAUGGAUAUUAUUGUCGAGAGUGACAGUAAUGUGAGUACAUCCGAUGCCGAACCGAGUAGUCGGACGCAAAUGCUCGAGGAAUUAAGGAAUCGGAUUCGGCCCCUAAAUACGGAGAAUACGGGGGAAACGGCGACUAGUACAGAAACCGAAGACUAUAAAUGUUUAAUAUGCCUGGAGCACUAUAAGAAACCGGUUAUAUCGACCGUGUGCUGGCAUGUGCAUUGUGAGGACUGCUGGUUGCAUGCCUUAGGUAGUAAAAAUAUUUGCCCCCAGUGCAGUAUGAUUACAACUCCUACGGACCUCAGACGUAUCUUCAUGUAAGAAUGAAUGUGUUGGAAGGAGCUACACUUGUACGCAUUUAUGUAAACGCACCGUACUUCAUUAUGCACUAUACUAUAGCUUAGCUGAAUUCGGCGUUUUCCGACAACAUUUCUAAUCCUUACCAACAUAUCCUACAGGAUUACACUUUAAGAUUACAGUUUGGUUUCGUUUGUUUGUGAUAUUUUGUCGAUUUUGCUUUCAGAGUACUUAGGAAAAACGUAGUGAAUUUUAUUUUCGUUGUUGUUAUUAUUGACAGUUAUUUGAUAUUAAGUGGCGAAUAUUUAAAAAACUAGAGACUUCAACUUCAGUAAUAAAUGUUGGUGGCGAUUAUGAACAUCUACGAACGGUUCAUUUGUACUUCUACUGUUGCAACCAAUGUUGUUAACAACUUAAAAAUUUUGUUUUGAGACUACCAUAACGUUACUUUUGUUAGAGGUGUU